UGUAGACUGACACACAUCCUCCGCUGCUGCUCCACCUUACAAGACUGUCGUUUCUAUUAAUGACCAGACAGCACUUUGGGGUUGUUGGUAACCACAGAGAUGGAAACGCCUAACACAACGCCAGACGUUUAUGAAGACUAUUCGCAGAAGGCCAUUACAUCCAUUCACUGCAACACCAUCGCCAUCAGCAAUUUCUCACAAAAUUUUCUUCCACCCUUCUACUACGUCAUCUUCAUCGCCAGCGUACUGGGCAACGGAGUGGUUCUGCUCGUCCUCUACAAGUUCGAAAAGCUCAACACGGUCACAAAUAUAUUCCUCAUCAACCUGCUGGCUUCCAAUGCCAUCUUCACCCUCACACUCCCGUUUCAAGCCGUUCAUCAUUCGGACCAGUGGAUCUUCGGAGAAGCUCUUUGUAAGCUGGUCAAUGUCGCAGACUAUCUGGGCUUCUACAGCUCCAUCCUCUUCCUCACCCUCAUGACGUUCGACCGCUAUCUGGCCGUGGUGCAUUGUGUGGUCGCCAACAAAAAGCGCAGAAGCUGCUACGCUGUGGUGCUUUCUGCAGUCGUCUGGAUCAUUAGCCUCCUCGCUAGCCUCGAACCCUUCAUCCACUUCACCGUUGAAGAGUAUCCGAUGGACGGAUGGGUGUGUGAAGACUCUAGCGAUGCUCUGUGGAAAGUCUUCAGUCUCUAUAAACAGUUUGUGUUGUUUUUUAUCGUGCCAUUGACAGUAUUCAUCUACUGCUACUUCAGGAUAACGCUGACCGUCCUGGCCACGAGGAUGACAGGCAAACAUCGCACCGUGUGGAUCAUUUUCAUCAUCGUCCUGAUGUUUUUCAUAUUAUGGAGCCCGUAUAACAUCAUCAUAAUGAUCAAUGAGAAUUCGGAUUCGAAACUGUGUAAUAGCAGCCUACUGUUAGCACAGUACAUCACUAGUAACAUUGCACGCUUGUAUUUCUGCAUUAACCCUGUGUUUUACACCUUUCUGGGAAGCAAGUUUCAGAAUCAUGUACGAAGAAUGUUAGUGAGCCAGGUCCCGUGUUUAUCGGAUCGGAUCAGCAUCAGCACAAGUAGCAGAAUACUAGCGUAAGACUGAAAGAUAGUUAUACACGGGCAUGUGUAAAAACGGCUGCAUUACAAUGAGUGUGCUGUAGAAUAAAAGCAGGAAUAGUCUGAAAGCACAUUUAUUUACAGAAAAAGUGCAAUGAACUAGCAAAAGAGUUAUUGAUGAAGUUGAUGUAUAUACAGUAUAAUAAACUGGUGUGAUUUUAUUGA